GCCGCGGAGGGGCACGAGGCUGUCGUCAGGCUAUUGCUUGGCACAGGCAAGGUCGAGAUCGACGCAAAGGAUGGAGAUGGCCGGACGCCGCUGUCAUGGGCUGCCGCGGAGGGGCACGAGGCUGUCGUCAGGCUAUUGCUUGGCACAGGCAAGGUCGAGAUCGACGCAAAGGAUAGAGAUGGCCGGACGCCGCUGUCGCGGGCUGCCGCGGAGGGGCACGAGGCUGUCGUCAGGCUAUUGCUUGGCACAGGCAAGGUCGAGAUCGACGCAAAGGAUGGAGAUGGCCGGACGCCGCUGUCGCGGGCUGCCGCGGAGGGGCACGAGGCUGUCGUCAAGUUGUUUAAGUCCUACUCCUCAUCCUCAUUUUAAUCCUCU